CUUAGGAGACAUUACUUAACUUUUAAUUGAGGACGAGAGGAAUUUACAGAUUUUGGAAAAAACUGUACAGUAAGCGACCAUAUUUAUAUUUUGACACAUGUGUACCUACUAUAUAGAAUAUACAUAUCAAUCAAUCAAUCAAUCAUUUAUUUAUUUGCAAAAAUACAGUAACAUAAGGUGUUAGGACUAUUCAGGUACAAUGUGUAUUUUGCUUGCAAGCAAGCGUGCAAAUAUAAUGUGUCAAAUCUAAGCAUUGAAAAAUAACAAAAUUGAAAUUAAGACAUUAGCAUAAAUAGUUAGAGAAUUAGAAAAAUUAGGAAAAAAGUCAUAAAUAAUAUGACCUAGGUAAAAAAUAACCAUCUGAAAAUAGGUAGGUACUAAUAAUUACAUUACUAGGCAUUAAAACAUACAAAUUUAAUAGUAUCGGCUCUAAUUAUGUUUAAAUAACCGGAUGCUGUACCUAAUAUCUAAUUAUAAAUAUCCGGUUGAAUACAUUUAAAAACAGAAUUUCCACAAAUCUAACUACAGUUUUCAUCGCCCAGAGUAAUGUCAAAGUUAUUUCAAUUUCUACUAUGCUGUUGUGUAGUAGGACUAUCCUAUUGCAAGACGGAGGCCGAAGUGAGGCAGUACCUCAUAAAACUAGGCGUGACAUGUAGCAAGGACCAUAUGAUCACACCCGACGAGAUGGUCAUGCUGCAGAAACACAAGAUGCCCGACAGCGAGAAUGCGAAGUGCUUAAUGGCCUGCGUUUAUAGAAAGACCACUUGGAUGGAUGACAAAGGCAUGUUUGACAAUGCUGCAGCUGACGCGAUGGCUGAAAAAGAUCACGGAGAAGACACCACUAUGAUAAAAAAUUCCAAGAAAUUAUUCGAUCACUGCAAAUCAGUAAACGAUGUGCCCGUAAAAGAUGGAGAGAAAGGAUGCGAAAGAGCAGCUUUGUUGUUCAAUUGCCUAACUGAAAAUGCUUCUAAGGUAAACACACCUUUAGAUUUAAAAUGAGUGCAAUAAGUUUUCAUUCGAGACACCUGACAUUUUUUUUGUAAUAUAUAUUGAUCUAAAUCUAAGCUCAUUCAUGUUCUUACUAUUGGACUUCUUAGUCAGGUUAUAAGUUCUGUCACAAAGAUUUUUACCUUAUUAGACAUAAAUGGGUUGAAAGCUUAUUUAAUGCUGAAUUAGGUACUUACAAUAUAAUUUAACGUAAUCUGCUGUGCCAGUUUUGUAUAAUUCUAUGUAAUAUUCAGAAAAAAAUAUAUAAAAAAACAUGCAAAAUAUACGCGGCCUGUUCAAGGUGAUUCUGAUCCCCAUUUAUCUAUAUUUAUUUUCCACAUGGUUGUGUCUUACAUAAAACUAAAGCUGGGUCUAUCUUUAGAUAUAUAAUUCAUGUGUAUUGGACUGCCAAAAUUGCAACUGUACAUGUUCAAAGGUUAACUGGAAGAAACCCCUUAAAGGGAUAAGUUUGCCUUUGUACUGCCUAUAUACUGUGCCAUAUUUAUGUUUUGUUUUGUAAGUACAAUAAGGAGUUUAUACAUACAUACAUACUCACAAUGAGCUGCAAAAUGACAUGGAGAAAUUGGUAUGAAUGAAUUCAUUGAUAAAGUCGCCAUGCACUUUUACGGCUGAUGGUACUUACAUAUUCUACCAAGCCUACUUGUUGGGUGGCAGUGAAAAAUAAGCGUGUUGCUGAAAAAUAGUACCCUAAGUUUGAAGUAUUCGUGUCUUACCAAAAUUCUAAAGUAAACAAGUAAGUAGUAAAUAAAGUCACGAUUAUUACGUUUUGAUCAGUAUAAGACAAGCUUUCAAAUCAUAGUUAACUUUUUUUUAUUAAAAGCUUUGUAUUACAUUUUUUCAGUCAACACCUUUAUGACAGAACUUAUGACCUGACUAAGUAGGUAAGUAGUUAUAAUAUAAUUAAGUUGAUAAUAUUAAGAGGGGACUAACGCAAAA